AAAAAUUCCGUGACACCCCUCUGGCGGUGACACGGUACCGCCCGAGCGGCUCCUGCCCCGGAAGAUGGGAGUUCGCAGUGCCGGUGUGAUAAAGUACCAGUUAUUGACAUCCUUGCCGGUGGACAGGCUUCACAUUUCGGGCGUAGGAGACGGCUUGUUGAAAUUUCAAGGUUUGGAUCACUAGCACGGUGAAGUGACUGUCAGUACUGCUUGCCAUCAGUCUCUGGAUAGCCCGAGGAUCUGAAUGGACAAGAGGACUAGAAAUUUAUAGGAAUCCAGGCCAAGGUAGACCAGACAGACCCAGUGCCGACUCCAGUAUGCCAGUUAAAAAAAAGAGAAAGUCGUCCGGCUCCGAUGAUUCCAGCCUCAGGAAGUGCAGAAUUACCAAUUUUUGUAGGACAUCUGCUCCCGGUAGGUUGAUCAGUCCUGAAGACCACUUUUCCAGCAAGAAGUGCCUUUCCUGGUUUUAUGAGUAUGCAGCCCCAGAUGAGGUUGUUGGACCAGAAGGCAUGGAGAAGUUCUGCGAGGACAUUGGAGUCGAGCCCGAAAACAUUGUUAUGUUAGUCUUAGCCUGGAAACUCGAUGCACUAAACAUGGGUUUUUUCACUAAAGAGGAAUGGAUGAAGGGAAUGACAUCAUUACAAUGCGACAGCAACGAGCGUUUGCAGGAAAAGCUUGACUACUUGAGGUCGCAGCUCAAUGACACGGCCGCAUUUAAGAACAUCUACAGAUACGCCUUUGAUUUUGCCAGGGAUAAAGACCUGCGCAGUCUUGAUAUGGACACGGCCAAAUCCAUGCUAGCUUUGCUCCUGGGCCGCACUUGGCCGCUGUUCCCAGUUUUUCACCAGUUUUUGGAGCAAUCCAGGUACAAAGUGAUGAAUAAGGACCAAUGGUACAACGUCUUAGAAUUCAGCAGGACUGUCCAGGCAGAUCUUAGUAACUAUGAUGAAGAUGGAGCUUGGCCGGUGCUGUUGGAUGAGUUUGUUGAAUGGCAGAAGGUCCGACCUGCAUUGUAGCAGCGAGGGCUGAUGAAAAUGACGCACAGCGUGGGAGUCGGGGGUGCCCUUCCUCACUCCUGCAAGGACUGCUGUUACAUCCCACCAGACACCUCAAUCUUUGCCCCCAAAAGACUGCAUCAGGCUUGUAUAUCCACAUGGGGGCGCUGUCUUAGUUGGACCCUGUCUGGGGCCGUGAUUACAAAACCAGUGUUGGAACAUCAUUUGGGCAUUGUAUUUUGCUUUAGUUGAUUUUAGUCUCAUCUUUGUUCAUAUAAUGUUUUUUUUUGGAAAUGGGAGUAAAGAAUGGACUUUGCUAGCUUUGGGAUUGUGACUUGGCGUUGUAAUGCAGUCUAAUGUUUAAGAGGUCAGCUGUCAGUGUUUUUGUUUUUUGUUUCCCCCCCCGGGGUGGUGGCAUGGGGAAUGGACCCUCUGUACAGUCUAGUGGACCUGCUGUGGGCCACGUGCCAAACUGCGUUUACCAUGUUUUAUAAUGCUGGGAAGCAUUUACCUGUGGGCAGUGAGGCGACUGCUCCCUAAACUCCUAUGUUAUUUCUUCCUGUUACCUUGGAGUGACCCCAAUUGCUUAUAGACCUCUAAGUUACACUGAUGACCGCUGUUAUCUCCUGGGUAUUCAAUCUGUGAUUAUAUUAUUGUGUUGGGUGUGACCAUUCUUUUGCUUGUGUAUUUGACCCAGGGGAUGAAAUACUUGAUAGAUUUUUAAAAAUAUGUUCAUUUUUCCUUCCUCAUUUCCUCUGGUAUGGUAAUAAAUGAACUACCAACAGAGACGCAAGGUGGAACCCUUCCACAUCUGUGUAAUCUGUUAAUUCAUGCUUGAUUGCCUUGUUAAUUUGUCAAUCAAGGUCUAAUUUAGGCCAAGCUGUCAAGAAGGUGAUGGGGGGUAACUGAUGAACAAAUGGUAAUAAUUUGUAAAUCAGGUUAGGAGACAGACCUGUGGUUAUUUACGUGCCCAAAAUGAUGGUAACAAUUCUCAGAUGACGCAAAAUUGCCCAAUUUUAGUACAGAUUCAAAAAUAUGUCAAUUGUUAUAAGGUAGUUUUGCUAGGAAGAUAAAGAUAGUGUAAUUACAGUACCUUAUAGUAUGAUGAUUCAUUUAAAUUUUACUUAUUACAGUUGUAUUAUUUGUAAUAUACAGCAUGUAUUUGUGGUCCGGUGGUACAAGCCAUUAAAAGUUUCUACUGUUUAUGCCA